UAAUGUUUGAGCUUUAGCAAGAAAGAAAAUAGGCUAGAAAACAUGACAACUCCCCUCACGCACACACGAAGAAGGGCAUGUGGCGUGACAUAAUGCAACAUAGAUCUCUAUUUACUCACGUUAUUGUGCAUGUAGACUACACAACUCCAUAAAAAUCCAUUUCUUCCCACCACUACCAUCCGAUCUCAAAGUAUGAGUGAAGAACUCCUUCAAAACGAAUCUCAUUCUCAGUCAUCCAAAUGAACGUGUUUUUCAAAAUGUUGUCUUUUCUAAUCUCAUUGUUGGACAUUAUUAAGCUUGUUAUUGCUUCCGCGACCUUCUUAUUCUUCUUAGCCUUUUCCGGUCUAACAUUCGCUGGUUCAGCCGUGGCAUUAGUUGUAUCCACACCGCUUUUCAUCAUAUUCAGCCCGAUUCUCGUACCCGCGACUAUAUCCACUACUCUCCUAGCCUCCGGGCUUGCGGCCGGUACCAGCCUCGGACUGAGCGCCAUUGGACUCAUCAUGAGACUCAUUAAGCCUGCGGGAGGAACUUCGUUGCUUUUUUCAUCCCCAACACCGUUGAAUUUGGUAACAUAUUCAGGUCAAUUCGAGGGAUCGGUGUUAGGAAAAACAUAUACUGGAACAUUCGAUAAUAAAUCGGGAGGUGGAAUUAAAUGGACUGUGACUUGGGGUAGUCGAACUUUUUCUGGAACAAUCCCAUUACCAGCGGCUGCUGCACCUGCUGCUGCUCCUGCUGCACCUGUUGCUGAAGCUGCACCUGCGGCACCUGCUGCUGCUCCUGCACCUGCGGCACCUGCUGCUGCUCCUGCUGCACCUGCUGCUGCUCCUGCUGCACCUGCGGCUGGAGCUGCACCACCUGCGUGGUAGAAACAUUGUUCGAGCUGUUCCAGCAUGCUGUAGCAUACGUAAAUUAAUUGCGUGUAAAUUAAUGAUUUAUUAAAAUAAAAGAAAAAUUAAUUAAUGAUUUAUGACUCAGAAACAAAAGAAAACAAGCCUACGUAAUGUUGAAUAAAAGUAAAAGACUGUGAUAUAAAGUUAAUGGAAAAAAAUAUGUAAUUGCAUUUUGUCUCCAAAAGAUGUAACGAUUUGUAGUAGAUUUUGCGUGAGGCUGUGGAGAAGAAGAAAUCGACUUUUUAUUAAUCAACAAAUCGGUUUGGAAUUGUUGGUUGAUAGUUUUGUGUAGUAUCAUGUGUUAGUUUUG